AUGCGGUCAAUACUGUCCACCGAUUCGGACGCAGAUAUCAUAAACUCGAGUUCAAUACGACUUCAGUUGGAUAUGUCUAACCAAGUGAUUGGCUUUCAAAUACAGCGACAAAUCUUUGAAGCAUUUUUAAAAUUUGUGUCAGUUCUGGCCCAAACCUAUGGCAUAAAUCCAGAGGCACUGAAACCGCCCAUCAUUAUUGAUCCCCCGAUAUAUGGCAUACCAAAGCAAUCGUUGAUUUCAUUUAUAGCACCGGGAGCUCUAAUAAUGGUGGCAUACUUUGCCACAACUGUGAUGACAUGUCAUCUUCUAAUUAAAGAGAGAAGCGAUGGUUUAGUGGAGAGAAGUCUUGUGGCGGGCGUCACUCCAUUUGAGUUUGUCUUAUCGCACAUUAUAUUACAGACACUUCUGUUGGUCCUUCAGGUGGGGCUAAAACUGAUGGUCGCAUUUCUGGUGUUCGUUAUUCCCAACAGUGGUUCCAUCAUAUCUGCAGUCAUUUUGGUCUUCCUUCAGGGUCUUUGUGGACUAAUGUUUGGUCUCAUGAUAUCUGCCGUCUGUCACGACGAGAUAUACGCCAAUACUUUAGGUAUCGGUGCCUUCUUUCCCAGUGUUAUGAUCGGAGGAAUAUUCUGGCCGUUGGAGAGUAUGCCGACAGCACUCAGAUAUAUCAGUCAAACCCUUCCGUCAACGCUGGCCAUCGAGACUUUGAGGUGUAUUUUACUGCGGGGUUGGGGUCUCGAGAAGAAUCAAGUGAUCAUUGGCUUUACGAUCACUAUAUUAUGGCUUAUAUUCUUCCUUUAUAAAAAUGGAAUAUCCAUUCUAAACGGAAUCAAUGUUACGGUUCCUAAGGGAGGAAUCUAUGGGUUGUUAGGCUCUUCCGGUUGCGGCAAAACAACUCUAUUGAAGUGUGCGUUGGGACGCCUGGAACCCAACAGGGGAUCAAUUUGUCUAUUUGGCAAAACACCCGGCUCACCUGAUAGCAAAGUACCUGGACCUGGUGUGGGUUAUAUGCCUCAAGAACUGGCACUCUAUGAAGAGUUCACUAUCGAAGAGAUACUCAAAUAUUUUGGUCGACUAUUUGGUAUAAAAUCAAAAGUGGUUGACUCGAGGAUAGAGUUUUUGGUGGAUUUGCUUCAAUUGCCCGACAAAAACCGAAUGAUUACUAAAUUAAGUGGCGGACAAAAAAGGAGAGUAUCCAUUGCAACCGCUCUUCUACACAAUCCUCCGCUCCUAAUACUAGACGAGCCGACUGUGGGUUUAGAUUUGAUCCUUCGAGAGGCCAUUUGGAAACAUUUGGAGUUUUUGUGUCAAAACGGAUUGACUGUUAUUGUGACCACACAUUACAUAGAGGAGGCCAGAAGUGCACAGACGGUUGGUUUCAUGCGCUCCGGUAGACUAUUGGCUGAGGACUCACCCGAAGGGCUAUUAAGACACUAUGGAUUCACAACAUUAGAGGCGGUGUUUCUUAAAUUAUCUCAACUACAAGAUAGCCAGAAGUCCGAUAAUGAAGAGAAAAUUGAUUUCAAAUCAAAAAUGAAAGAUAAUAAGAGUGAAGCUAAACUAAUCAAGGUUCGCACCGAUGAAUCCCAUGAAUCAAUUGAUGUGAUGGUAGAGUCAGAGAUUGAGCUGAAUAGCUGUCAAAUGGCUUACAAAAUGUCGCGAACGAAGAGUAUUGCAAAC